UGUAAGAAGAAGCUGUGUGGAAGAAGUUUAAAACUCAGCAUGUGUUUUAGAGAUCCUCUGCAUGAACCUCCAUCCGUCUCAGAGCUGCAGGAGCUCCUGCUGGCAAACAGACGACCAACUGGACAUGUCAAUCAAGUCUGGCCAAACCUUUACCUAGGCAAUGAGGUGGCUGCUCGUGACAAGGGCACGCUCCACAGCCUGGGAAUUACUCACAUUGUAAAUGCUGCCCAUGGACCCCCCAGUCCUGGGCCUGGACCCUGUUUCUAUGUCAACACCGGCCCUCGUUUCUAUAGAGACAUGACUGUGGAUUAUUACGGGGUGGAGGCGGAUGAUGCCAUAGAUUUCAUCCUCAGCCCUUUCUUCUAUCCGACAACACGUUACAUCAGAGCUGCACUGGCCAUGGGAGGACGGGUGUUUGUUCACUGUCUGAUGGGCGUGAGCCGCUCUGCGACCUUAGUUUUAGCCUUUCUGAUGAUUGCCGAGGGCCUGAGGCUGCGGGAGGCAGCGGCUGCUGUCAGGCAGCACAGAGACAUUUGUCCCAACGCUGGCUUCCUGCAGCAGCUUCGCAGCCUCGACAUGAGCCUUGAAAGGGAGAGGAGGAGAAAGACACAGGCCCAGGCACUGUAA